GGACCACCAGAGAGAAGGUGCAUUCCAUUAUAUCACUUGACAGCACUGGGCAUCGCCACCACUCCAAGCCGCACUUCCACCCACCAUUUUCAACUCGCCUUCAACUCGGCUUCAACUCGCCUUACCUCGAACUAAAGCUCGCCCUCUGGUCUUGCAUCUUACAGCCCAGAUUCGCGCAUUCCAACAUGGCCACAACAGCUCCGCCGCCCCUCCAAGUCCAUCUCCCGCCAGCCAAGCAGGUCGAACUCAACUCCCGCGAGGACAUCCUUUUUCUCCAUCCCGGCUACGACAGCCGGAAUAUCCUUCUGAGCCUCCCUCGUGUGGAUGGAGCAACGUCGACCUCCACCUACGGCGUGCAUCAUCGAACUGCUCUUCUGGCCUGCCAAAUCAUCGCCAGGAAUGCUUUUGCCAAUAGCUUUCUCGCUCUUGAUAAGGCCGGUCAGCAACGCGUCCAGGAGCCGCUAGACGGCAUUCUGACAAACGCGGAGUACUACUUCUUUGUUCAGGGCUCUGUGCUCUAUCCGAUUGUCCCUAGCUUUCGAGAUUGGGAGUUCCCCCAUGGCCGCAUCCCGGAUUGGUGGCCAGCGAUUACCCCUACCUCGGUCUCCUCAGAGGAUUGUGCCGUCACCAACGCCGGUUAUGCCGUUGAUGAAGCCCAUCUUGUACCGAAAGAGGAACAAGAUUGGUACAUUGACAACAGCAUGAAACGGUAUGGGUUGGAUCCGCCUGAUAUCGACAACAAAGCGAACAUCCUUCCCUUGAGGAAAGAUAUACACUACGUGUUCGACACUCGGGGGUUCGUUGUUGUUCCAAAGAUUUGCACCACGGAUCCUUCCCUUCAGCCCUCCCCCCAAUACGUCACGCACAUCAUUUCGCGAAACGCGGCAGAACUGUGGCCUACGCAUCAUAAUACCCUCGUCCGAUCCCUCCAUGCCGAAUCGCGUGCCUACCUCUUUGCCCGAUUCGCUUGGGCUAUCCUUUUCCGGGUCAAGCCUUUCAUCAUCGAAGGCCUCGAACGUUACGUUAUCCGAAUCUCCAGAGCUGAAGCUGGCGGGAUCGAGUACAAGGCGAAGUCCUAUACUGGGACGGAGCUCCGGGAUACCUAUGGCGGUGGCGGAUCAAAGUCGGCAACCCCGCUAAAUGCGAAGAAGAGGAAGUCCCUACAAGGGAGUGCCGCAAACGACGAAGCGAGCUUUACGGAGUCGUCCAGGGACAGCGACUCCGAUAUGAUGGACACGGAUAGUCUGUGGGAUGUGAUGAGUGACCAGAGAGGGAAUGGAGGUAACAGAAUACAGGAGUCGUCAGAGGAAACUGCCCCCGAUACCAAGGUAUGCCUAGCACCAGACAUCGAGGCAGACCUUAGAGAGGCUUUACGCAAGGGCAUGGCGCAGCAGCAGGAGACAGUCUUGGAGGACUAGUACACUUGGAAUUUGCAGCGAAUUGCCUCGGGCUUCGCGGCGGUUUUCCAUUCUUGUUGCGAGUUUUGUGUUUGAUUCUUUUUUAGGAACUAGGGGUUUGGAGCCCGCUUCGCGGGCUCGUGGGUUUU